AUGCGACCAGCCAGGAAGGGGUUGAGCGUGAGAGACGAAGUGGCUGCCGUGCCGUCCGCGUUUCCGGACAGAUAUCUCAGAGGAGAGGUUCCUUGCUCCAAGCAUUGCUCUGCUGCAAGCGCAUUGGUCUGGGUCUGUCCUCUGGAGCAGCUGGAUUAUGAGUACUACUUGCCGAUGUUUUUCGAUGGUAUCCGCUGCCUUGAAGAACCAUGCAUGACCCUAGCGAGACAGGGUGUGUCUGAUCUUUUGAGCGCGGCGCGAGGCUAUCCCCAGCGCAUCCUGCCAUCAUUGCCGAAUAUCAUGAGAGCCCUGAGGGUGGCCAUCUCGUGCAAGAAUCCGGGAGUGAUUAUAUUCGCUUGCAGUGCUCUACGCCAGCUUGCCACCGGAAACAAAGAGGUCGGCGAGGCUUUGGUGGGGUAUUACAAGAUGUUCUUGCACGUCUUCAACUUGUUCAUGAACUGCACCAAGAGCACCGGGGACAAGAUAGACUACGGGCAGCGGAAUAGCCAAGACGUUGGUGAGGCCGUGUCGUGCACGGUGGAGACGUUAGAGCGCAACGGUGGAAAGCACGCGUUUGCCCACAUCAAGCACUGCAUCCCUACGUAUCAAACUUGCGUGACAUAA